UUCAAGUCGCCGAGAGCGCUGAUGUCUUGCGGCCAUGCUGUCACUCCCAUGUCUCUCACCAACUGGUGUCUUAGCUUGUUGAAUCAGGGCGAGAGCAGGUUUGUGUGCGGCCAAACUGAAUGUCAUGCUGAGUGGUCUUUUGAGGAGGUUUGUAAAAUGGCUCUUCUAACCCCGGAAGAAAUCGAGUACUUUGAAAAGAAAAUGUUCAGCAACUCUAAGGAUGUUUUUGAUGUUAAAUCAUGUCCUGGCUGCAAGUCUUCAGUGCUGAGAACUGACUUCAGUAAUCUGUGUACUAAAUGUACAGUGUGCACAGCUGAUCUAAAUCGGACUUUUACGUUCUGCUGGCAGUGUUUGAGGGAGUGGAAAGGUCCGUCCCCACGUUCAAACCGAUGUGAAAAUCAUGGCUGCAUCAAUAAGUCCUUAGAAACUCUGAGAAAAUGUCCAGAUAUCACCUUCCAGAAUGUGGAGGGCAUCACUGGCUGUCCCUCAAUCCGUGCCUGUCCCACAUGUGGCUUCCUAGUGGAACAUGACACAACUGGGUGUAAAAACAUCUUCUGUACACGUUGUAAGGUGCAGUUCUGCUUUGUUUGCCUCAAAAUGAAAGAGGAAUGUUUUGAGACGAGUGAAUAUUACAAACCUUGUUCCAGUGGCGUAGCCCCUAGACAGACUUCUAUACCCGUGUGUCAGUGGGAUGAUUGCUAGAUUGUUACAGAAAUGUUGUUAUUAUGUUAUUCACAUAGAAAAACUAUCAGCUCAGUAAGCUGGUAAAGCCUGAUUUGAAAUUUACCACUAAGCUACA